AUGCCUCGUCAGCAUUGUCGCCACGUCGGUGGCACCGUGUCGGCAGCCGCUCGUGCGCUCGCCGUCGCCGUCGUCGUUCUUGCCCUCUACGCAGGUGUUGCGGCAGCGAUCAAAGUCAACCUGGUCUCCGAUGUGCACUACGAUCCAGCUUACGCUACUGCCGACGCUUAUGGCGCCUGCACCACCAUUUCGGCCCUGCCCUUCGGUCAGGUCGGUUGUGACUCACCCAAAUCCCUUCUGGCCAUCAUCACCAACGACAUUAUGAUGCAGCGCUCCGCCUACACGUUCUUCGCAGGUGAUUGGCAGCGGCACGGCAUGACUUCCACGUCUCUGACGACGACCGACGUGUUUACGCCGCUGUCGAACUACUUCGCGCGCAUCGUAGAUAGCUGUAUAGAUACUGACUUCAACACCCCGCGCGUGACGACCGUCCUCGGUAACAACGACGCCAUUCCAAACUACUUCUUCAACAUAACGGCCACCCCGCAAACCACCCUGGACACACAGGUCGAUGUAAUGAAGGAGUACGCGCUGCUGACCGAAACGCAGGGUACGGUGAUGUCCAAGUGCGGUUACUACAGUGGUAUCGCCAGUGCGCAGCUGCGCGUCCUGGCGCUUCACACCCUGGUGUGGACGUACAAGCUGUCGCCAGCCCUUCCCGACACCGAGACGGACCCGUGUGGGCAGCUGGGGUGGAUGGAGAGCGAGAUCAACGCAGCUCGUGCUGCGGGGCAGAAGGUGAUCAUUAUUGGUCAUAUCCCUCCACAACCCGACGUCUUCCGCGUGAUCUCUCGCGGUGCCGUUGGCCCUGUGGAGGACGACAUGUACUGGAAGCCCAUGUACCAGAACGCCUACACAACCCUGCUGUCCAACAACAAGGACAUCAUCGUCCUUCAGCUCUUCGGUCACACCCACCGCUUUGCUAUCCUCGGCGACGCGGAGAUGGGGGUGCCGCUCGUCGUCAUCAACGCCAUCACGCCACUGUAUGGCAACGUGCCCGCGUACCUCACCGGCGACUUCGACAUGGCCACAUGGAAACUUAAAACCCUGAGGCAACGGUACGCUCAAACUGUCUUUAUUCAGUGGAACGAUGGUCUGGAGGUAGGCGCCGCCCUUGGCAUCACCGAUCUUACCAAUGUCUCGGCGAUCAAUGCGGCAGUGGCAAAGAUGUUCGCAAACGACACGUUGUUUACGAACUACAUGACUCUCCGCACCGGCGGCACGAUCAGUGACCCGUGCACAACGACGUUCUGCCGCGUGUACACUGUGUGUGCGAUGCUCUACGCCACGCAUGACAACCUCGCCCGCUGCGUGCGUUCGCAGACUCCGUCGUCCUCGUCGUCGGAGCCGACUGACAGUAGGGACAGCACCCCUACCCCGACCGCCGACCCGUCGAUCCACGUCGAUGCCCAGCCGCAGUACCAUCUCCGUCCCUGGAAGAACUGGAUCAGCAACCCCAACGGCCCCUACCGCGACCCCGUCACCGGCAAGAUUCACCUGUACAUGCAGUACAACCCCAACGGCCCGCUGUGGGGUGACAUCGCCUGGUACCACGUCACGUCGGAGGACUACGUCAAGUGGACGCGUCCUGAGUCGCCGGUUGCCAUGUGGGCCGACAGGUGGUACGACCGGUGGGGCGUCUACUCCGGCACCAUGAUGAACAACAACUAUAGCGAGCCGGUCAUUGUGUACACCUGCACGGAGCCGGAGAACAUCCAGCGCCAGUGCAUCGCAACCAUCCCCUCGAGUGACCUGGCCGGCAAGCGCACGCUGAACACGUUCGAGAAGAGCCCGCUGAACCCCCUUGUCACCGAGGAAAGCGUUCCCGGGCUUGUGGGCCUGGGGAACUUCCGCGACCCAACGGAGUGGUGGCAGGACCCCGCCAACCCUGACCAGUGGUUAAUCGCCUUCGUGGCCCGCAUCGCCGAUAGCGACGGGGACAACGCGCACGUCAUCCUCUUCAGCACCACCGACCCGACCUUCCAGAGCGGCUACAGCUUCUCUCACAGCCUCUACGUCUACAAGUACAGCACUGACAAGAUGCUCGAGUCCCCCGACUUCUUCACGUUGCACGAGGGCGGCGAACACUACCUCAAGGUUUCCAACAUGCGGUCGCACCGCGACUACAUCGUCUACGGCUCCUAUCAGGUUGACCCGGCAACCGGCAAGUACAUCUUCGUCGAGGACCCCGAGCGCAGCUUCACCUUCGUCGACUACGGCCCGCUCUACGCCUCCAAGACCUUCUACGACCCCAUCCUCAACCGCCGCAUGGUUUGGGGCUGGACAAACGACGAGCUGAGCAGCCAGCAGAUCACAUCGAAGGGCUGGUCUGGCGUGCAGAACCUGGUGCGCGGCAUGGAGUACGACAGCGUCGAGAAAAAGCUCAAGACGUACCCGAUCCCGGAGCUGAAGGGGCUGCGUCUGGACCACCUCUACUCACGCGCAGAGACCCACCCGUUGGUACUCGUGGAUGGCAUGCCGCAGACCCUCAUCCCGGCUGGCAUUAACAUCACUCGUCAGCACGAGAUCAUUGUCACCUUCAAGCUCUCCAGCAUGGAACCCUUCAACGGAGCCACCUACUACACCGACAGCACGGCACCUGAGUUUGGAGUCAUGAUCCGUGCCAACGCGAACCUCAGUCAGCACACAACUGUCUCGGUGCGCAUGCCGGAGGCGACGCAGCAGCCGAUCGCCAACUGCGCGCAGGACAUGACGUGUACACCAAUCAAGGUGUACGCUGGUGCCAGCACCAACGCCGCGGGCAACUGUAGUGCGGAAUGCGCGAAGGACCGCACGUGCGUUUCGUGGACGUACACCACCUCGCCAUCGCCUACGUGCGCCCUGUACUGGAAAACAAGCCAGCGCGUGUACAACACGACCGCGCAGAGCGGCACAGUGAACAUCCCAAUGCUGUACAUGGACCGCACCCAUUCUGGCUCUAUCGGCUCCAGCCAGCCUAUCCUCGGCCGCUCGCCUGUGAAACAGAGGAACCCUAAUGUGGUACGCUUGCACAUCUUCGUCGACGACAGCGUCAUCGAGGUCUUCAAGGAUGGUGGUCUAGAGACCAUGACUGGCUCUCUCUACCUCCCUCGCGGCGAAUCGCAGACGGGCAUCGCCGUGUAUACCAAGAACAUGGGCAGCGUCACCGUCACCGCCUCGGCCGAGAUCUUCUCGCUAGGCUCAGCGUUUACCGCAGACACUGACCCGAAAUUGAUCCGCAGCUAUACAAACAGCUACUACAACCUGCUCUCAGCCAUGGGUGUCGCCCGGUAA